UUGACAUGGCGUUCAGCAGUUAGUAAAUUACGUAGAUCAAACAUCCUAGUUUUAACGUUGUCUGAGUCGGCUGCGUUUCGCCCUCACUCAACCGCUCCUAGACAUUUUAUUGUCGUAAUUAAUAGAUUACAUGUGCAUUGCUAAUGCAUGGCUCUUCGUGUGCAUUGUUCGACAUUCGUUUGAGUGCUCUUUAUACCUCUGCCCCCUUGAUUUAAAUCGAACCCGUCAAGCCAAAGACGUCUGUCUUCCAGCAAACACCGCUCGGAACUCUACUAGCGAGAGACGGUUACGAUCCGAGAUGACUUACGUGAAAAAUCUCAGGUAUAAGCUGUGAGCUUCGUUAUGUUCGACCAUGUAAAGAGCCAGCUUCUAUCGUGUCUUCGCUCGAAGUCUCUAUUCACCAGCACCAAACGAAACUAGUAGAUGCGGGCGUACGUGCUUACGUGUCUGAGUGUGUCUUGCAGUGAAAAGCCUGCCGUGAUGUCCUUUCGAGUAAGAGAGUCUGAGUGAACGUUUAAGCGGCAAAAUUUUUGGUUUAAAACUAAGAAACCAGGCAGGAAAGCACCGAGGACACUUUAACACAUGAAAGACAGUGCUCAAUGGCAAAAAUGUUGACAAGCAGACAAAUAAUAGUGCUGAUCAUCGCGCUAGUCGAAAGCUUCAUUCUCAGUGCCCACUAUGCUGUGUUUAUGCCUUUCUAUCCAAACGUGGCCAAGGACAAGGGAAACACGCCAUCAGAGAUAGGAGCGUUCUUCGCUGUGGGUUCAUUUGUGGGAUUGGUUGGAGCUCCGGUCGCAGGAUGGUUUCUCAAACAGGGUGUAUCGCCUAAGAAAAUGGUGAUCUUUGGAUUACUGCUUAGUGGUGUAUUCUUAACUGUCCACGGAUUACACAUAAACUUAUUUUCAAAAAGUAGCGAUUUUUUCUAUGCAAACGCAGUCACCCGGGUAAUUCAUGCGAUUGGUCCUCUCGCAGCUACAACAGCAAUUUAUCCGAUCGUUGCUGUCGAGAUGGAUGAUCAGAAAGGCGUUUAUAUCCCGUUACUUGAAGCCGCUUAUAAUAUGGGUCUCAUGAUUUGGCCAAGCAUUGGGGCGAUAAUGUUUGAUAACUUCGGCUAUAUGUUCCCUUUUUUCUCUGUCGGACUUUGCGCGAUCAUCAUGGGUCUCAUCGUAGCGGUCCUAAUGCCUUCUCCAAAAAACACUACGGAUGAUGAGGAACAGAUCGGUUUUGAUAAGAUCGAUUGCACCCUAUUACUGAUCCUAACAAACAUCGGUGUCUGUUAUCUCACUAUUGGUUUUAACGAUAUCACGCUCUCAACCGAACUGAAAGCUGCCUUCGAUUUAACGCACACUCAGGUUGGCUACUGCUUUGCGGUGUCUACUAUCUGCUAUGGAGUAUGCAUUUACCUUUGGGGUUUAGCUGUCGCUAAUCCUAAGGGGAGAUGUAUUUCUCAGGGAACCUGCUACGUUCUAUCGAUGGUGGGCCUGUUCCUAAUGGAACCUUGUCAGUUCAUCGGGUUCGAACCAACUCUAUUGGUGCGCCUGGCUGGCCAGGCCGCGAUGGGCAUCGGUUUAGCUGGCCUGUUUACCGCAUCUCUUGUAUCUGGCAUGGCAUACCUAACAGAGGAGCUACUGUUGCCAGACAACGUUGCGACACACGGUUUCUUCUCGGGCUUAAUCUUUUUUUCACUUUGUGGUGGAUAUCUGAUAGGACAAGGCGUAUUUGCGGGAGUUAUCAUUGAUAUGGUUGGAUACAAUUCUGCUGUAAUAUUUAUUACCGGUACAAUUGGUUUCGUGUUUAUAAUCGAUGUCCUAUUCAAAAUUGGGCGCUGCUGCACCCGUUCCAGAAGGCUAAACUAUAAGAGGAUCGGAUCUGAUUCAAAGGACACUGAACGUCACACAGUGCACAAUACCUGAGCCUAAAAUAUCUACCAAACAAAUUGUACCUUUCUCUUAAGCUAAAUACAAUAUAGUAAUUAUCGAACGGACCUAGGUUAGCCAUUGCAGCAUUAUGUUUCCAAACUACCAAUUAAGAUUUUUAACUUGACGAAAAAAUUUAGCUGAAUAAUGCAUUUACGGUAUGUAUAUGUACAAAAAAGCACAGUCAAUUAAUCUGCUAGCAAAAAAAAAACGAGACAAGCACCUACUGUAAACAAUUUAUAUAUAUUUUUAAAGGACAUUUUAAAAAGCAAUUUAUCUUAAGCAUUAUCACUUAAAUUGACUAAA